AUGCUCCGGGUAGAGUAUCACACUGGUGCCUUUGCAACCGGCAAUGAUUGGUGGCUAGUUUCCUGGAAAAACCCAGAGGGCACCAGGUACUACUAUUCAAACCCAGGGAAUGGAAGGAUCUUUUUCGACACCGUUGAAUGGAUCUUUGCUGGUCGGGGAGGCCACAGACUAGAGAGUACAACGGGAUUCAAACAGCAUACAUUAAUGAAAACAGAUGCAAAUCGAGUAACACAAGUCGUUAUUAACACCGACAACACUAUUCAAUUUUCUUCCAAAUCCGGUUAUUCCAGUACUACAAGCUCAUCUACGCCAAUCUUUAGGCAGUAUGGUAAUCCCCAGCCAUUCUACGCUAUUGCGCAUCGAGUGCUAGACAAGGCUGGCGUAGAAGUUGCCCUUAGGCAUGGCGCAAAUGCCGUCGAAAUAGACGCCAAUGCCUGGAAACUGGUCCACAGGGGCUGGUGGGCAGACCACGACGGCACCCUGCCUAGCAGAGGUGAUAGGAUAAGAGAUGUCCUUAUUGCUGCUGCAAAUGCUCGCCGCGCCGGCAAGAACCUUGGCUUUGUAUGGCUUGACCUCAAAAACCCGGACCGUUGCGGCCAGCUUGAAACAGGUUGCAAUAUCGAGGCUCUACGUGACAUGGCUCGCCAGAUCCUCGCCCCCGUUGGUGUCAAAAUACUCUGGGGUUUUACGGGCUCUGAUAUCAAUGGCCGUGCAAGCGGAGUAGUUCGUGAGGAUCUCACCCCCAGCGAAGCAAUCAGCAUAGAUGGCUUAAGCGGGACCAGUGCAAGAUAUGCAGAGAGAAUUUUCAACACCUCAGGUCCCACAAAUACGGCUCAACGUGUAUGGUCCAAGGGACUUUUUCAAAUGGCCCUCAACUUUGGCAGCUGUGAAGACAAAGCCAUGAGUGCAUCGAGUGGCCAAAUUUGUCCUGAAAUUCGCUUAGGUGUCAUGUCAGGGCUAUUUGGCAAGGUCUUUGGAUGGACAAUUACUCGUAACGAUGGAAGCGAGGUCAACAAGUUGAUGCAUGCUGGGGUUGAUGGUCUGAUUUAUGGGCAUAUGUCAUCGUUUUAUGAAGACACGAAGGAAGCCCGGGACGCUCUACAAAUCAUCAAUAACUGGCUAAAGGCUAAUAGUAAUCAUCGAUACUUGGCUAACUUAGAUGACAACCCUUGGUAG